AUGACCCCAAUCUGUUUCUAAAGAAACCCUAGAAAGAGCAGCACCAGCGGCGGCGGCGGUAUUACUCUUACAGGGCGUUAGCCAAAGAAGCAUACAUCACAUAAAGAUGAAGUUCAACAUUGCUAAUCCAACAACUGGUUGCCAGAAGAAGCUGGAAAUCGACGAUGACCAGAAGCUCCGAGCCUUUUUUGACAAGCGGGUCUCACAAGAAGUCAGUGGUGAUGCCCUUGGUGAGGAGUUUAAGGGCUAUGUAUUCAAGAUCAUGGGAGGAUGUGACAAACAAGGCUUUCCUAUGAAGCAAGGAGUUCUCACACCUGGCCGUGUUCGUCUUUUGCUUCACAGAGGUACCCCCUGCUUCCGUGGCUAUGGGAGGAGAAAUGGUGAGCGUAGGAGGAAGUCGGUUCGUGGGUGCAUUGUUAGUCAGGAUCUUUCAGUUCUGAACUUGGUUAUUGUGAAGAAGGGUGAAAAUGAUCUUCCUGGGUUGACCGACACUGAGAAACCAAGAAUGAGAGGUCCGAAGAGAGCUUCAAAAAUCCGGAAGUUGUUCAACCUCUCUAAGGAGGAUGAUGUUAGGAAGUAUGUUAACACUUAUCGUCGGACCUUUACAACCAAGUCUGGUAAGAAAGUGAGCAAGGCUCCCAAAAUUCAAAGGCUGGUGACUCCUUUGACUUUGCAGAGGAAGCGUGCUAGAAUUGCAGAGAAGAAGAAGAGAGUUGCAAAGGCCAAGGCUGAUGCAGCCGAGUAUCAGAAGCUCCUUGCCCAGAGGUUGAAAGAGCAGCGUGAACGCAGGAGCGAGAGCUUGGCCAAGAAGAGAUCAAGACUCUCUGCUGCCUCUAAGCCGUCCAUUGCAGCUUAAAUUGUGCCACAAGGUUUAGAAUUUCGGUCAGCUGGUAAUUUUGAUUACUCUAUUUUCAAGUCAACUUCGGUUUUUUGGAUAUCACAUGAAUGCUAUGCUUUAAAUUUUUGGGACAUUAUGUUGAGAGUGUUUAACUGUUGUGGUAACUUUAUGAAUGGUUAAUGCAUU